UCAUCACGCGCAAUGCAUAUGCGAGGACGCGCUCGUUCAAACUGAAAGCAAAAACUAACUUUGAACGGAGCAAAGUGCGGACGAAUACUGAAAGUAAAGCGUCGUGAGGGGGGUUGAUAAAAAAAAAAUGUCUGUGGCCGAGCCCAUCAUCCGGUCCAAACAGACCCAGAAAGAUGUCAACGGGAUUUCCACAGAAGUGGUUUGCACGGAGUUCAGCAACUACAUAUUCGUGGUCAUCACUCAGUACGGUAAGAUCGGAACACUGAUAUCCGUCACGCCCGAGUCCAGGUGCGACGAUUAUAGCAGCCCCAUGUUCUCCACCAAAGUGCUUCUGGGAAAAGAUGAGCCUUUGACACACGUAUGUGGCAAAAACCUGGCAUCGUUUGUGUCGCAAGAGGCCGGCAACAAGCCCGUCUUGCUCGGAUUGGCGCUUAAGGAUUCUUCGGUGGACGCCAUUAAGCAAAUCAAAGAUGUGAUCAAAAGUUGUCAGGUGUGGUAGAAAUGUAAAUAGACAGGAGAGCUGAUUUUUUUUUUUUUUUUAAUAGAAAAAUAAAUCCCUUUUACUGUACCGAAAUCAAAAAUACUUUAUUAAUCCCCAAAGGGGAAAUUAAAAUUUUCAGCACAAUCCCAUUCAAGAUCAGCCAAAAAUUACAGGGAGACAGAACAGGAUCGAACAUUACAGCAGUGAAGUGAAGUGAAGUGAGUUAUAUUUAUAUAGCGCUUUUCUCAAGUGACUCAAAGCGCUUUACAUAGUGAAACCCAAUAUCUAAGUUACAUUUAAACCAGUGUGGGUGGCACUGGGAGCAGGUGGGUAAAGUGUCUUGCCCAAAGACACAACGGCAGUAACUAGGAUGGCACAAGCGGGAAUCGAACCUGCAACCCUCAAGUUGUUGACACGGCCUCUCUACCAAUCGAGCUAAGCCGCCCCAUAGUGGAUCUAACAUAAUAGUGUACAAGUCCAGUCCAUAGUGGAUCUAACAUUAUAUUGUGAGAGUCUAGUCCAUAGUGGAUCUAACAUUAUAUUGUGAGAGUCUAGUCCAUAGUGGAUCUAACAUAAUAGUGUGAGAGUCCAGUCCAUAGUGGAUCUAACAUAAUAGUGAAAGUCCAGUCCAUAGUGGAUCUAACAUAAUAGUGAGAGUCCAGUACAUAGUGGAUCCAACAUAAUAGUGUUAUUCAUCCUCUGCUCAAAAGACGUAACCUCGAUCCCGACCUCAUGGUAAACUACCGGCCCGUGUCCCACCUUCCCUUCAUCUCGAAAAUCCUUGAAAAAAUUGUUGCACAGCAGUUAAAUGAACACUUAACACACCUACACACAUGUAUAUAUAACAAUACCAAUUAGAUAAAUACACAAACACACAUAUAUCAACAUACAAAUCCAUUCGUAAGCAUUUCAAUGUUACCUUCAGUAUGGGUGCCCAGCUGAGAGCUGAAGAGCUCAUGAAGACCAUACCGACACGGGACACGGUGGCCGGGGAGGCGUUCUCGAUGUUGUGGACCUCAAACACCAGCUUGCAGGCCGGCGACAUGGUGAUACGGUCGCCGUUGGCCAGUGUGAGGGUCUUGUUGUCGUCCAGCACGGAGUUGAGGUUUUCUCCCCUUUCUUCCCUUUGAGGUCCCCAACCUUUUAGUAGCUGCGGACCGGUCAUGAAAACGGGAGUUUUCUUUGGGUCGGUGCACUAAUUGUAAGUGUAUCUUGUAUUUUUUUAUGUUGAUUUAAUUUAAGAAAACAAAUAUUAAUAAAAAAUUAUUCCGCGGCCCUGUACCAAUCGAGGCCGCGGCCCGGUGGUUGGAGACCACCGCAUUACAGGGAGACAGAACAGGAUCGUUGACGGGUCUGCCAACUUCCCUUAAAAAAAGGUGAGAUACAUGUAAAAUAUGGAGGGGAUGAGAAAAAAAUAACUACAUGAAAAUAAUACAAACAUUAAAAAUCAAUCUAUGCCUGGGCCCCUGGACCAGGGAAAAAAAACUCAUAGCCAUAGCACACAUCCCUCUUACAUGUGUGUAAGAGGGAAACAUCAAAGAAGAAAAAGGACAUUAAAAGAGCAGAGUUGAUGCAGCCAACCCACUUCUACAUACAACUAUGAGUAAAAUGUCAUGAGAAUUUUUAAGGCGCUGUAAAUAUUCAAGUAAACUCAUGUUAUUAAAUGUACAUUAAAACAUGGAUAACAACUUCAAA